AUGGAAGGACGGAGGCGACUCGAAAAUCAUUAUUCUGAGCCAACUAACAGAAGACAUUACGAUGAACUCCAUUUUUACGAAAACCCGGCGUUCAACAGCUUAGAUAGAGCUCCUUUUACUCCCAACAGCAGCGUGUUUAAAAAUCGCCCUCCAAAGCAACCACAUGUUGAGAACACGAGGAGCCGUCGGUAUCAGACAAACGACAGACUGCCUCGGUCUUCUUCAGGACGAAUGCGAUGUCUGGUGGCUUUGAAUAUUCUGUUAUUGGUAUUGACAGUCCUAUGCCUAGGUCUUACAAGUUACGUGUGCUAUAGGAUGAUUUUUCAGAAAGAAGCUGAAGUGGGAUCAAACGGUUGCGACAGUGAUUUGCGCGCUGAAGGUAAGUGACCUUUGUGAACGCGGAAACACACAAAAUACUAAUAAUAAUGAAAAGUAUACUGAUUUGUUAGUUAAUAAAUAUUAAAAGACUAGUAAGUUGAAGAAGAAGAUAGAAAGGAUUGAGAACCCCUUCUUUAUAGAGCGGAAACGAUAUCGAUACAAAAGACAUAAGACGUUUUUGGUUCUAAAGAUCAUUGCAUGUGGGAUGCUGCAUGAUACCGAAAGGAAAUGGAACAACGUACAUCCCAUAUUGACGUUCUUCCAAUGUUUUCGUGGUUUGACAUAGGAGUUACAGCAUGUCCGUCUUAACUUUGAUGUCCUGGUUGAAGUACACAACGUUGACUAUGUGCGAUAUGAGAAAGGCGUCAGAUGUCAUGUCUCUUUCCGAUCCAGCUCUUUUUUGUCACGAAGCAACAACGAGAAGAAACAAAUAGACAAACAGAAACAAACAUCAGUGAAGGGAAAAGAAUAUAAAAAAGUAAACAAAUCUUCCGUUUUUUUUCUUAAAAACCAUAGCUGCAAGAGUAAUGUUUUUUCUCGUAUUUCCGCAAGGUUGCCUCGUGCAUGGAGCGGUAGCCUUUGAGGUUCCGACAGACAGGCUGAAUAGAUAUGAACGCCCGGUGAAAUUCCGUGAGAACAAAAAUUUGUUUUUAAAUUCCUGAGAGUGUUUUAAGGUUACCCAGGCAGCGAUAAGAAAACUAGGUCUUUUUAUAUUUAAACUUGGCCAGACGAAACAUACCACACGCCGCCGUCGUAGAGUGAAUAGUUUGUGGCGCAUACUCAUUGGGAAAUGUUCAAACAACUUGGUAAGUAGAAAUGACUUUUUUCCGAUCUUACGGAGAUGAAGAUAUAUGGAAGCUCGUUUCUGCUCAUUAAGAAGUACUUAUUUGACGAAAGGUUUCUUGGUUCGUCCAUUACUCGUAAAUUACAACCUGUUACAAGUUGUUCAAGAAACUGUAUCGCACUGUUCCGCGUCGACGAUUUUUGGCCAUGCCAAACCUUAACUACGAAAACUGAAGGAUGUGAUAAAAACAGUAACAUUGUGAUGAUAGCAAAAUGCCACAGAGGUGAUGCUAGUAAAAAAAAAUCGAGAACGGCGACGUGAUAAAAAAAUUAACAAUGACAAGGCUUGUUUAAAUUGAGAGUGUUGCGACGGCGGCUGCGGAAAUCCCGAGUAAAAGCCGUUAAAAUAGUAGUCGAACAAGAGUUGUGCACGUGCAUUCAACAUUGAGACAUAUGUUCGCAUUGUUUUCCACAGACGUAGUAUCAAGGCUGAAUAAUCGUGCAGAGGAAAAUACUUUUCCGCAUCGUUCACCGCUUCAGAAACCCUAUACAGCGGUGUCAUUUUUUUUAGAUUAGUCCCUAAAGAGGUCUUAUAACCUCGAGAAAGGAUUUACGUCUAGGAAGUUAUAAAUUUACCUGUCGGAAUGUCAACUAGAUCCUUAGUUAUGUUUCGUUUGGACUUGAUUUUUAAACUAGCAAGGUCACUAAUUAUCAUUUUCCCUCGUAACACUAUUUCCUUAGAAACAUUGAUGCGAUAUGAGCAAGUUUUUUUUCAUCGUAAGUCCCUUUUCUGAAACCCAACAAGCCAGUUUUUUGAAAAAGGAAACUUGUUAACCUUUUAAUUCCCAUGAGUGACCAAGACACAUUUCUUCUUCAAGCAGAAAAGUGAAGAGCGUAUGUAAAAAUAUCAAUUAGGGGAUUAUUAGUUGACCCAAUACCAAAUUCUCUGAAAUAACAUCAUAAGAAUUGAAUAGUAGACACUAAGGAGAAUAACUAAUAAGAUCUUGGGAUUGCAAGAGUCAAGGACUCUAUAGCUCAUCGAGUUUCAUCGUGCCAGACAAUAAAAAUUGGAUCAUAAAUUGCCGGAUUGUCGCUGUGUUGAAGUAUCGUUUGACUGAACACGAAACAACUUUUAGCUUUCAACGACCCACCUGGGAUUUUUCAAGCACCUAAUAAUCCUCUCCUCCGUCAAAAGAAAAUAAAAAUAUAUUCUUUCUGGAAAUUCAGAUAAAAUGCAUUGUUGGUGGAAGUGAUUUAAAUGCAUAACGUUCCAGACUAUCUGUGACUCCACUAGCUUCACAGUCUUACAGAUAUUUUCGGGGGGGUUAAACUUAUCAUUUUACUGGGGUUAGUUAAUUCCGUUAAUCCCCAAUAAGAGAUUGUUAUGAUUGUGGUUUUUUAAACUUUCAGACCCCCAUCAAUGGUCAAGUUUGCGUUGAGUCCAAGCAGACUUGACCAUUCAGUGAUAGACUGGUCCUGCGGUUGGUUGUAAAUAAUGUUCAAUGUAAACAUGAUGGGCAAUGUAGACUUGACGCGUGAGGUUUUGCUUUUUUGUGCCCUUCCCUUAGGCCAGCGUGCGCACUUCCUUGAAACUCAUUUGAAAAAAAAAUAGGAAAUAGCGGGUUUCAUAAAUGACCAAGAGAUCAAGAACUCAGAUCAUGACCCUUUGAUUUAAGCGUACCCAUUUUAUCAGCUAUGGAACAAGCAACGUGCAUGGCACACAGAGUGCCAAAACUUAAUAUUUGACAAACUUAACAUUUAACAACCUUAACAUAAUAUUGUUCAACUUGCCAUUUUUUAAGGUCGUUCUUCUUACGCACUCAUUUUUUCGCAGGUGAGAAGUUCCAGAAAAUUACCUCUGAAAAUAUGAAAGAACUGCGGACGAAUAUUUCGAGCAUGGAAAACUUAAAAAAAAACUUUUCCUUCCUUCAGGAAGCUAUCAGUGAUUUAAACGCAGUAAGUAAAUUCAUUCUUUAGGCUACAUGGUCAGGAUUCAGGCCCUUAGAGCGGCACGAAGAAGAUAAAGAAACGCAUACGGAUGAAAUUGACUGCGUAGGAAUUAAAUUUUUAGCGCGAGAUGGUGAAUUCGUAUCAACAAGCCAACAUGCAAUGUUUUGUUUAAUAUAGGGGUAUUAAUUAAAUAUCCAAAUCAAGAAUAAUUUUAACAUGCAUAUCGUGAGCAAUUGACGCAAAGAUCACCCUCAUGUAAACUCAGCUCGCGUAAAUGCUGCUUUAACUUCCGAAGUAGGAAAAAAGUCAACUGAUAUUCAUAAUACAUCUUCUUCUCUGUACAUGUUAGAAAAAAAAGAGAAAAAAAAAACAACUGAAUUAAAAUUUUCUUAUGUUGGUAAAGUAAAAUGACCCUUUCACUGCACCCAGUGAAGAUGUCAUGUUGUCGAAACAGACAAAAUUUUGGUCUGUCAAUAAUUAUUUAUAAUUAUAAUAAUUAUUUUAUAUAUUCCUCCUUGUGAUGUCUAAAAAUUGUUUUAUUCAUAAAAGUAUAGCCGCAAACACGCCUUGUUUUUUUAUGUUUAUAUCUUUAUCAUCAAUUUUUCAGGAAAGAAUUCAUCUGCUUGAAUCUGUGAAAAUGAUUUCGAAUAAUUUGACAAAGUUGAGGGAAGAGUAUGAGAAGACUCGACAACGAGUUUUACACAACGUAAGUACUGCGCAAGAAAAUUCUGUCAACCGCGUGCAAACUGUAUGUUAUUGCUACUUUGAUAAAUCUGCUGUCGUUGAAUUGUUCAGCUAAAGGCUGUAUGUUUUAUGAUUUGGCUUUGGUAUUCAAAAAUCAAUGCGUUAUGAGUUUAAUCAGAGGCUCCUGGUUUAAUGCGUUAUUCGUGCAUUAAAUAACUGAUUUAUUCAUUUUGUCGCAGAGACGAGAGAUUAGUUACCUCAACGUAAGUUCUCUAGAGCAGGAAGAUUUGUCCGAUUUGUGGCGCAAAUUGAAUUCGUCAGAAAAUGAACUCCUGGAUGUCAAGAAACAGGUUAGUUGUCGAAUAAUCUACAGUCUCUAAUAAAGGAAAAAAAAAUUUUUUUCUACAUUCUGCACUACGCCGGACCUUUCAAAAAUGUCAUAUUCCAUAAUUGAUACAAUAAAGAGAAAUGAGCUAAGAUACCUGCGACUUUGAGGGGUUUCAUAUUUCGAAAACAAAAUCACUCCCAACAAAACAAAAAGAAUGAGAAAAGAAAACCAAUAAAUGUCACAAAUCGGGUCGAUUGGAUCUCGACCCUUUACUACGCACAACUACAUAUGUAAUUGUGUUCAAUUGGUUGCAAAGGAGUAAAAAUAUCACAAAAUCAUUUAAAAAGUUUCCCUGUCUAAGUGCUUCCGGAUCAAUAACAGAACGUUGCAAAGCAGAAAGAUGCAUCCUUGGAUUAUUUUAGAAACGCAACUACUCUGAUCAUGUGGAGUUUAACGAUCAUGAUCCUUUUUAGGACAGGGUUUUCUUGUUCUAACUGCUCCUUUUUCUAACACAGGUGAUUAACAUGUCCAAGAUUGUCCCACCCAGGGGACUUCCAGGGUAUAACGGUACACAGGGCCCAGUUGGUGGUACCGGACCAGUGGGACCGCCUGGAUUGCCAGGUCCUGGAGUCAAUAUAACGCUUUGUCAAUACAAAACAAAUAGCUCUGUAGGUUUACCUGCCUCGUCACUCAUAAAGCAAGAGAUAUCUGUAACAGAGCAAAAAGUAAGAAAGUAAUUCCUACGUUUUUAUCUACCUUUAGGGCCGUUUACUAAGAUAUUAAACAGUUUCCACGCCGAUCAAGGCAAUCCGUAGUUUGACUAUCUGCCUGCCUGACUGACUUAGCAGACAGAAUGAAAUACAAACUUGCGGUCAGACAGACACACAGACAUACUUUCUAAUUGCCUCACUAACUGUCUGAAAGACAGACUGAUUGCCGGACUAACUAAAUGGCUUACAAACGGAUUGAUUGGCUGGCGGACUAACUGACAAGCGGACUGGCCGCCUGAUUGACAUAGCUACUAAGUUCCGGACUAUCUAACCUCGUUAGUUUCCAUCUGUCUGUUUAAUUGUCUGACUACCUGACUGUCCAACUGCCCGACUGUCUGAUCAUUUGUAGCCGAUCUUAUUUUUGACUGCCCUACCGCCGGACGACUGACUAACUGUCUGACUAAACAAGAGGGAUGUCCGUGCAUCCGACCGAUAGACCGACCGACUAGCUGGCUGAAUAAACAAACUACCGACCGAGCAACUGAAGGACUUUCUGACUGGUUUAUUGUAAAACAAAGAAACGUACGAACGGAUGGAAGGACGUACUAAUUUUGAAUAAAAUAUGAACAUAGCUGUAAGAGAAAAGGCCACAGGUGCACCAUUAGUUUGUCAUGAGAAUGAGACGCUACAUAAAACAUGAAUGAAAUCGAUGUUAUCAAUAAAUACUUUUCAGUAAUAUAAGGUCUGACAAUUUGUACGUCUCAACCCUAGGGAUUGGAGAGGUGGGCAAUAAUAUGGAGAGAAACUCUUUUAAAGUAACUUAAUGCCCUGUUAAUGCUAGUUAUUUAUUUUCGUUUUUUUUUUUUCUGUAUGUUUGAUUGUUAAUUAGGGCACAAGAAUAAUCAGCGUGCAUUGUGACACAAAUGACGCCAAAACCUGCCAAUUAGAAUCCACCGUCAAAGGCCAAUACGAGUGUAAGUGCGAAGGAACACUUUCUUCAGGACAACCAACCAUGUAUUGUUACAUUCAUUACUGGGAAUGUCCUACUUGA